AUGGGUGUGAACACGCGUCAUAAGAAAAACGAUAACGGGCACAUUGUUGAUCAUGAUAUAAAUAAAAUAAACGCGGAAGUACAUACUGUACUUAAUGAACAACCAGAUGAAAUAGAAGAAAUUGAAAAAGAUACUAUACUACUAAAUAAUAACUACAGUGAUAAAGAAAACGAUCAUAAUCAUGAAAAAAUAGACGCUGAAGAAAAACUACAUACUGUAUUAAACGAACAACCAGAUGAAACAGAAGAUAUUGAAAAAGAUAAUAUACUACUAAAUAAUAACUACAGUGAUAUAGUAAAUGAUGACCAUACACUAUCACCAAGAAUUAUUAAAAAUAAUUUUCAAUAUCACUCUAAAUAUGAUGCAAAAAAACUGGCUGCAUUGCCCGGCUUCAAAUUAAGCUCGUCUGAUAUUGGCAAAUUUAAAAUAUGGCCCGAGGCAAAAAUACCGUAUUUCAUUGACGAGUUUUCAUAUGACAAAGUUCUGCGUGAAAAAAUCCGUGGCUACCUCGAAAAGGCGAAAACUGUCACUGGUCUCAAUUUCGUCGAACUCGGCAGUCCGCCUAGUGAUGAAAACGAAAGAUGGGUCUUCUUCAUCAAUCGUAGGGGACAACUGGACUGCAAGGAUUAUUCCACAAAAUCUUUCACGAAUUUUGGAGUGCAGAAAGUCAUUAUAGGCUACGAUUGCCUGCAAAACAACGGGCCGAUGGCAGCGAUAGUCCUGGCGUUAGCAGGCGUGCCUCCACAACACAAUGCACCCAACCGGGACCAGUUCAUCAACGUCUCCAUCGAGUCUAUACUUCCUGAAAAAAGAGGUUUAUUCAAACGUCUUGACGAUAAGGACUGGCUGUUUCAUGAUCUGGAUUACGACUACUACAGUGUUGGUCACUAUCCUUCACACAAAUACACUGCAGAUGGAUAUCCAACUAUAACUGCAUUUACCAAGCUAAAGGUUCUAUAUAUGAGACAUGAUGAAAAGGACACCUAUAGCAGUAUAGACAUACAGAAAAUAAGAUUGCUUUACAAUAAUAUUUUACGUAACUUACCGCGUACGGACAUGAAGAUAGAAAUAUGCAAAAAAUUGAAUCGACCACUCCGUGAUUUUCUUAAUACGAAACUUAAGUCACAAUCAUCCAAAAUAAAAAUGAGAAAACCGAAAAAAAAUAUUCUUGGUCCACGACAAUCGGUGAUGGAGCCUUAUUAUGCUAUACUGAGUUCGCUUGAAUAUUUUACCGAUAGGACAGUAAUUCGCAACUGACAUUUCUGGAUGUGCAUGCGCCUAUAAUCCAACAGGCGGAUUGUACGUUUUUUAACCACC